GGUGCUGCGAGACAACAUGGUAACGCCUCGAUUCGCUAAUAGUUUGGCUCUGGCCAUCGCCGUCGUUGUUGGCUGCUGCCUGCUGCCAGCAGCCCAGUCUGCACCCGGUUGGAUCAAUGGCCGUGUGGUGGGCGGAGAGGAUGCCGCCCUCGGCCAGUUUCCGCAUCAGGUGUCGCUGCGUAACGGCGGCUCCCACAGCUGCGGGGGCUCCAUCCUGUCGCGCAACUACAUCCUGACCGCUGCCCAUUGCGUGACGAACGAUGCGGACGAGAAUGGUUUCCAUGCACCUAUCGCCGCCAGCCGCUUCACGAUCCGCGCGGGCAGCAACGAUCGCUUCAGUGGCGGCGUCCUGAUCCAGGUCGUGGAGGUCAUUGUUCAUGAGAACUACGGCAAGUUCCUCAACGACGUGGCCUUACUCCGACUGGAGUCACCGCUCUUCUACUCAAACAGCAUCAAGGCUAUCGAUCUGCCCACGGCCAAUACGCCAGCCGAUGCCGAUAUCAUCAUUUCGGGCUGGGGUCUACUCAAGCACCAGGGAGAUCUUCCCCGCUACCUGCAGUACAACACCCUCAAGUCAAUUACCGUCGAGAAGUGCGGAGAACUCAUCGAUUUUGGCGUGGAGAGCGAGCUCUGCCUCUUGCACGAGGCCGAUAACGGUGCCUGCAAUGGCGACUCUGGUGGCCCCGCCGUCUACAACAAUCAGGUUGUGGGCGUUGCUGGCUUUGUGGUCGGUGGAUGUGGCAGCACCUAUCCCGAUGGCUAUGCCAGGGUCUACUAUUUCAACGACUGGAUCAGGCAGCACUCGGAUGUUUAAACUAUAUUUUUUUUAAACUUUUUUUUGUGUUUAAAAUAAAGAAAAGCAUCUGCGAAAGCCGUGAAAGAA